CUAAAGGCCAGCCGCGUAUAAAAAUAGCGAGGACCCCUCAUGCAGGGUCAGAUUGUCGAGCCUUUACCGAACUAUCUGUCCCGAAAUAUCAUGCAUCUCAACCGUUAUUCUUGCUGCAUCUAGAUAAAUCACAAAAAUGGUGGUUGCUCCUAAGAACCAGAUCCCCGCUAUUUACGCGCGGGCGAUCCAGAGAUACCAGGAAAUUACCGAUGAAUCUCUUGAUGUUGAGUUCCUCGCAAAGAUCCAGAAUGUAGACGACCUGACAAAAGAAAUUGAUGCGAGGAAUAAAAACUUUCGCGAGUUCCGAGAGAAGCGUGGCGUCAUAUUCAAUGCCUUGCAAUCCGCACUCAUUCCUGUCGAAUUGUUCGGCAACCUCGCGGCCGGAGGGGCGUCGAUGGUCUUUCCACCUAGCAGUCUGGUUUUCGGCGCGGUGACAUACCUCAUGGGUGCUGCGAAGGGUGUUUCAUCGUCAUACGAUGCAAUUCAAGACUUGAUGGGCUCCUUGAAGUAGGACUUUACGAUCCGGCUCAAAACGUACAGUCAAGAAGCAAUCUCCGAGGAUUUGAGCAACAAGUUGAGCGACGUGCUCGUGACCCUUAUCGAGAU